CUCUCCCUCCACGCUCCGGUGACUGCCCCAGCCCGGUCGCCACUCCUCCUAACCGCCCGGCGCUCCAGCCCGCCCUCGCCGCCGCCAACGCCGCCUUGCUGUGCCGGGACCCGGGGGAAGCGAAAGCUCCGCGGCUCACAGCCGGACUGUUGGCCGCGCGGCCCGCGCAACUCAGGCUGCGGGUGCCGCCACCGCGUCUCUCGGAAACGCCCGCCGCGCCGCGGGGACCGUGCACACGUCCGGGGUCCCCAGGGCCGUUCCGCGACCGCUUCCUCUCCCGCCCGCCACCGGAGCUCGGCGACGGUGGCCGCCCGCGCUCCCGCCCUGUAGCCGGGCGCCCCCUAAGUUUAGGAGCCGCUGCGGCGGCGCGGCGAGGAGUCGGCAGAAGAGGAAGAAAGUUUUGCCGGGUGCGCCGAGCGGGCCCUGGGCGCACCUCCGGUUGCUCCUUCCCCGCUUCCCGGCUCCUGGAACUCGUCCGCGGGGAGUAGGGGCAGGCAGCAUGGCCCGCGAGCCGGAGGAAGAGGAGACAGCGGGGGCAGCCACCCUGGCCGGCAUCUGCCGGGGCUGGCCCUACCGAGCUGGGGCCGGGGCGCGGCGGCCGCCCCUCUGGCUGCUCUGCCUGAUGGUGUGCUGGUUCCUGGGCGCCGUGGCCGACGCCGACUUCUCCAUCCUGGACGAGGCGCAAGUGCUGGCGAGCCAGAUGCGGAGGCUGGCCGUCGAGGAGCUGGGGGUCGUUACUAUGCAGAGGAUAUUCAACUCCUUUGUGUACACUGAGAAAAUCUCAAAUGGAGAAAGUGAAGUACAGCAGCUAGCCAAAAAAAUCCGAGAGAAAUUCAACCGUUACUUGGAUGUGGUCAACCGGAACAAGCAAGUUGUGGAGGCAUCCUAUACCGCACACCUGACCUCGCCUCUGACGGCAAUUCAGGACUGCUGCACUAUCCCGCCGUCCAUGAUGGAAUUUGAUGGGAACUUUAACACUAAUGUUUCUAGAACAAUUAGUUGUGACCGACUUUCUACUACUGUUAAUAGCCGGGCCUUCAAUCCAGGAAGAGACUUAAAUUCAGUUCUUGCAGACAACUUGAAAUCCAACCCCGGAAUCAAAUGGCAGUAUUUCAGUUCAGAAGAAGGAAUUUUCACUGUCUUCCCAGCACACAAGUUCCGGUGUAAGGGCAGCUAUGAGCAUCGCAGUAGACCCAUCUACGUCUCCACAGUCCGGCCACAGUCGAAGCACAUAGUGGUGAUCCUGGACCACGGGGCUUCCGUCACAGACACCCAGCUCCAGAUCGCCAAGGACGCUGCCCAGGUCAUCCUCAGCGCCAUCGAUGAACACGAUAAGAUUUCUGUACUGACUGUGGCAGACACCGUCAGGACUUGCUCCCUGGACCAGUGCUAUAAGACGUUCCUGUCUCCAGCUACCAGUGAGACAAAAAGGAAAAUGUCCACCUUCGUUAGCAACAUCAAGUCUUCAGACAGUCCUACCCAGCACGCCGUGGGAUUUCAAAAAGCAUUUCAACUGAUUCGAAACACAAACAAUAACACAAAGUCCCAAGCCAAUACAGACAUGGUUAUAAUUUACCUGUCAGCUGGCAUUACAUCAAAGGAUUCUUCUGAAGAAGAUAAAAAAGCUACUCUCCGCAUCAUCAAUGAAGAAAAUACCUUUCUAAACAACUCCGUAAUGAUUCUCACCUAUGCCCUCAUGAACGAUGGGGUGACUGGUUUGAAAGAGCUGGCCUUUCUGAGAGAUCUGGCCGAACAGAACUCUGGGAAGUAUGGUGUGUUGGAUCGGACAGCCCUGCCUGUGAUUAAGGGCAGCAUGAUGGUGCUGAACCAGCUGAGCAACCUGGAGACCACUGUCGGAAGGUUCUAUACAAACCUUCCCAACCGAAUGAUUGAUGAAGCUGUCUUCAGCCUCCCCUUCUCUGAUGAGAUGGGAGACGGUUUGAUAAUGACAGUGAGUAAACCUUGUUAUUUUGGAAACCUACUUCUGGGAAUUGUAGGGGUGGAUGUGAACCUGGCUUACAUCCUUGAAGACGUGACAUAUUACCAAGACUCUUUGGCUUCCUAUACUUUUCUCAUAGAUGACAAAGGGUAUACACUUAUGCACCCAUCUCUUACCAGGCCAUAUUUACUAUCAGAACCCCCCCUUCAUACUGACAUCAUACAUUAUGAAAAUAUCCCAAAAUUUGAGUUGGUUCGGCAAAAUAUCCUAAGCCUCCCUCUGGGCAGCCAGAUUAUUGCGGUCCCUGUGAACUCAUCCCUGUCUUGGCACAUAAACAAGCUGAGAGAAACCAGAAGGGAAGCCUACAAUGUUAGCUAUGCCUGGAAGAUGGUACAAGACACUUCCUUUAUUCUGUGCAUUGUGGUGAUACAACCAGAAAUACCAGUCAAACAACUGAAGAACCUCAACACUGUUCCCAGCAGCAAACUGUUGUACCACCGUCUGGAUCUCCUGGGCCAACCCAGUGCUUGCCUCCACUUCAAACAGCUGGCAACUCUCGAAAGUCCAACCGUCAUGCUGUCGGCUGGCAGUUUUUCCUCCCCCUACGAACACCUCAGCCAGCCAGAGACAAAGCGCAUGGUGGAGCACUACACAGCUUAUCUCAGUGACAAUACCCGCCUCAUAGCUAACCCAGGGCUCAAAUUCUCUGUCAGAAAUGAAGUAAUGGCUACCAGCCACGUCACAGAUGAAUGGAUGACACAAAUGGAAAUGAGUAGCCUGAAUACUUACAUUGUCCGCCGUUACAUAGCAACACCCAAUGGCGUCCUCAGAAUUUAUCCUGGUUCCCUCAUGGACAAAGCAUUUGAUCCCACUAGGAGACAAUGGUAUCUGCAUGCAGUAGCUAAUCCAGGAUUGAUUUCUUUGACUGGCCCUUACUUAGAUGUUGGAGGAGCUGGCUAUGUCGUAACCAUCAGUCAUACAAUUCAUUCAUCCAGCACACAGCUGUCUUCCGGGCACACCGUGGCUGUGAUGGGCAUUGACUUCACUCUUAGAUACUUCUACAAGGUUCUGAUGGACUUGUUACCCGUUUGUAACCAAGAUGGUGGCAACAAAAUAAGGUGCUUCAUAAUGGAGGACAGGGGUUAUCUGGUGGCACAUCCAACCCUCAUUGACCCCAAAGGACAUGCACCUGUGGAACAGCAGCACAUCACCCACAAGGAACCCCUGGUAGCAAAUGACAUCCUGAACCACCCCAACUUUGUAAAGAAAAAUCUGUGCAACAGCUUCAGUGACAGAACAGUUCAGAGGUUUUAUAAAUUCAACACUAGCCUUGUGGGGGAUUUGACAAACCUCGUGCAUGGCAGCCACUGUUCUAAAUACAGACUGACGAGGAUCCCAGGAACCAAUGCGUUUGUCGGCAUUGUCAAUGAAACAUGUGACUCUCUUGCCUUCUGUGCUUGUAGCAUGGUGGAUCGGCUCUGUCUCAACUGUCACCGAAUGGAACAAAAUGAAUGUGAAUGUCCUUGUGAAUGCCCUCUAGAGGUCAAUGAAUGCACUGGCAACCUCACCAAUGCGGAGAACCGAAACCCAAGCUGCGAGGUCCACCAGGAGCCAAUGACGUACACCGCUAUUGACCCUGGCCUGCAAGAGGCCCUUCACCAGUGUGUCAACAGCAGGUGCAAUCAGAGGAUGGAAAGUGGGGACUGUUUUGGUGUGCUGGAUUGUGAGUGGUGCAUGGUGGACAGCGAUGGAAAGACUCACCUGGACAAAUCCUAUUGUGCACCCCAGAAGGAAUGUUUCGGGGGGAUUGUGGGAGCCAAAAGUCCCUACGUUGAUGAUCUGGGAGCAAUAGGUGAUGAGGUUAUCACACUGAACAUGAUUAAAAGUGCCCCCGUGGGUCCUGUGGCUGGAGGUAUUAUGGGAUGCAUCAUGGUGCUGGUCCUUGCUGUGUAUGCCUAUCGCCAUCAAAUUCACCGCCGGAGUCAUCAGCAUAUGUCUCCACUUGCUGCCCAAGAAAUGUCAGUGCGUAUGUCCAACUUGGAGAAUGACAGAGAUGAAAGAGACGACGAUAGUCACGAAGACAGAGGCAUCAUCAGCAACACUCGGUUUAUAGCCGCGGUCAUCGAGCGACAUGCACACAGUCCAGAAAGGAGGCGUCGCUACUGGGGUCGAUCAGGAACAGAAAGCGAUCAUGGCUAUAGCACCAUGAGCCCACAGGAAGAUAGCGAAAACCCUCCAUGCAACAACGACCCCUUGUCAGCAGGGGUUGAUGUGGGAAACCAUGAUGAGGACUUAGACCUGGAUGCCCCGCCUCAGACUGCUGCCCUACUAAGUCACAAGUUUCACCACUACCGGUUACAUCACCCCACCCUGCAUCACAGCCACCACUUACAGGCGGCCGUGACAGUACACACUGUCGAUGCAGAAUGCUAACGACCUCCUAACCUCCAUGAGAAGGCAUGCUCUGGGAAAUUGAGAAUAUUCAAGAGAAAAAAAAGCCGCCAUAAAACCCACAGCAAGAGACCCCUUGUGUGUGUGCUUUGUCCGGUGGUUUAACUCAUUUUCUGCCUGUUAACAUGUUGAAAAACAAGAGAACACCAACAAAAUCACAUUUGUGAAAAUGGUUCUGAAAUGGAGGGGAAACAAGCCUGAUUUAUGAACCUGCCAUAGCACUAAUGGAAUGGAAAAGAAGGCAAGCCUCCAAACAGAGAGACGAAACCUUUAGAUGAAACGUCGGGGACCUUCGUUAACUGAGCCAGAGGAAUGUUCAGAGGAGCCAGAAAUGUUCGGCUCUCCUUAACUGGAAGAGGGAAAAAUCUGGGCAACCGGAGACUGGGAAUGUGGCACACUCAUAUAAAAGUGUGCUUUGAAGAUUUCACUUUGUUUCUUAGCGGUACCUAGAUACCACAAUUGCUGUAUGGAACUCAUGUUAGAUUCUAAAUGAUGCAUCUCAAAUUUCUAAGUAAAGGAUUAUUUUUCUACUAUUUAUUGAACAUUCAAACACUCUCAAACUUUGGGGGAAAGAAAAAACACAUGAAUUUUCAGCAGUUAUCCCUAGCUGUUUUGUGUGUGAUGAAGUGGUUCUUGAAUUAAGGAAUUCUGUUUCUUAUUUAACUGAUAUAAUCCCACUGCCCCACUCCACAAAAUGGGAAAAUGAAGAAAUCUUUCUCUCUGGCUUGUUUACAUACAUUUUCUUUAGAACAUCAUUUCAUGGAAACACAUCUUUAUUUGCAAUGCUGUAUUCUUUGUGUUUGACAGAGGUGAGGAGGGGCAGAGGCGUGCUGGAAGUUUUUAAAGAAUUUUGUUUCUUUAUAACUCAUUUCCACUCCCCAUAUAAGGCUUUUCUUAGGUUUCUGCGAAAUCUACAAUCCCAGCCUUUCAGCUGAGGGAGGGUUGAAUUUAUUCUCCUUGUUUUAGAAACUUUAUAAACUAAAAAUAUAUCCCAUUUUGAUUCUGAGGAUAUUGAACACAUAAGGGAAAAAGCUUUUAAAGUUGUGAAAUUUUGUUUCUUAAAGAUUUCUUUUGGAAAUCAUAAUUGAAAGCUGCUGCCAGUUGUCCAAGGAGUUAUCCACCAAAUUCCUUUGAUUUAUGCAGAGAUCAAGCAAAUCUGGCUAAUAUAACACGGGGCAUUGUAAUUUUACAGUAGUGUUCUAAUUACAGUGAUGUAUUUUAGAUUCACAUUUGUGAUUCCAAUAUGUUAUGAAGACAUUCUUGCACCAUGUGUGUGGCAAAUGUCCAUUUAUAUGUAGUUGGAAAAAAUUCUCUGAAUAAUGUUUUAAGGAUAGGGUAUUACAAUAAAAUGUAAAAAAAUUGGUUCUUCAGCAGUACAGAAAGUAAACUAUAUGUGUGCUAUCAGGAAACCCCUUCAUACUGUGUAUAAAAUUGCAGUCUAGUGAAAUAAACUGUAUGCAAUGGACA